AUGGGCAAGUAUUGCAGUCUUGUGUUCUUAAUCUUGGUACACAUGUUUUCAUACCAUUACAAAAAAUUUCGAGAUACACUUACACUUGGUGUAUCUGUAAAUGUCCAAAAGAACCUGAAUACCAUUUUUAUGGAGAUUACGGAUUGCGGAAAGGAGUGGUCUGAAGAACGCGUCUACUGCGAGCCGCACAUUGACAAAAAGACAUCAAGAAAUCAUCUACCAUGA